CUUCGAUACCUCGAUACCUUCCAAUGUACCCAUCUUGGUACCUACCCAACUAACUCAUCCAGGUAGGUAGGUAGUGGGGAAACGAGGCAGGGACGAGGGGGGAGGAGGUUGGAUCAACGUAACCUGACCUGACCUGACCUGACUUGACUUGACUUGACUUGGAAAACCAUGGCAUGUCGUCUAUUGUGAGAGAAAAAACAUCCCGCGACAAAAUCGUUGUGAGAUUGGACAAUCCAGCAACAGCCAAUUAUCUCCGAACCUUAGCUUUAAACCGAGUUCGGGCUAACCCUGUCAACCAAGAUCCGGUGCUCCAACGUCGAACGACAUAGACACACCUCCGAAAAGCACGACCCUUUUCCCAAAGUGCAUGUCCGUCCCUCUCUCUACUCUCUCCGUACCAUGGCUGGAAACCAGAAAUCGGAUUGGGGACAUCCUCACUACGCCUGGGAUCCCUCUCAAGACGUUUUUUGAGGGUCCUUAUCCACCUCUUGUCAUUCCCCAUGCACGCCUGACGAGAGUCAGGGUGAGAGCGCGCGCGUGGCAGACAACCCCACCAAGCUUGUCGUUCCGUACUAUUGUCACCGGUGUACCGCGGCAAAGGAAACAAAGAAAAGAAUCCCACAAACAGGCCACGCGCGACUGCUCUCACCGUCUCGGGUUAUCUGGCCAUUGUGCUCUGCCCAUCCGCCGUCGCACAGAACCCCAUCUUAGCCGGGCUUUUCGAGACCACAACCUGCGGGAUCCGGUGGUCUGGGAACACCAAUUCGUGAUUAGGCUGGCGUCCCUCUUGUGUAUCAUGUACGACACCUCAUUCGCAGUCCGGAGCUGACCUGGCAUGGUAGCGUAGAUAUUGACGAGGGGUUACAGGCAAAGAAGAAGAAACCCACCGAGGGCCUUCAGUGAGCCCAUCUUCGCCAGACCAUCUGCCACACCCCAUCACCCCGCCCGAAAGAAACAACACAUAUGGCCUUCUUUCAACGUCAUUGUAUACCUAAAACGCCAUUGGACAAAUCUGCCAACGGACCCGACAAGCCGAUGUGGAUUCAUCGGAAUCAAAGGAGGCGUCCGACCUCGAAGUGGGACCCUCGUUGAAAUCGACGUUGCACCACAUGCCAGACCGCCGUUCUACCGUUUCGCCUGC